AUGUCCACCACCCAGAACUACACUAUCGAGGUCUACAAUUACAGUGGCCAGCCACGUAAUUACCUUUUGUUCCAAACCGUUCCCGUUCCCUCUGGCCAGCCAGAUGUCUUUGCCAACGUCUACCAGUCCUCUGGCAUUAUCGAGAGUGGUGACUACUCCCAGGCCACCUUCGAGAUGACCAACGAGUUCUUCGCCGUCCUGGGAACGGCCCCUACCCCCCUUGGUGACCAUGUCAAGGUGACUACAGGUGCUGCCAACCAGGUGACUCUUUCGAGUGGCGAGACUCCCCCAGAGCAGCCCGGCACCAUGUGUGUCCUCUCCACGACCGAGGGACUAUAUCCAAAGUGGGUGGAUGUCACCCAGACUCAGAAUCAGGAGCCCAAUGCCUACGGUAUCUCCUGUGAUGGAACAUUCGAGUAUCCUACCGAGACCAAUAUCUUUAUUGGCAUGGGGGCCAGAGACCCUGUCACUCAGGGCAUCACUCCCGUAGCCACGGUGCCUGCUAACCCCAACUACAACUUCUACUUCCAGCCUGUCGUCAAAUACUACAUUGGUACAGGUGACUUCGAUGCCGGAACCGUCGUCAACAUCACAGAGAUCGGACCCGUUCUCACUGUAGAUUUCACUCAAAGCACCGAAAACUCGGUUGUCUUCACCCAGGGCCCCAACAACGAAUAUACUCCCGGUGGUCCUAGCAGCGAUGCUGCCAAAAAAGGCGUGGAGAGGAAGUAG